AUGAGAGGCAGCAGAGAGCCCUGCGUUUUCUGGCACAGGCUCUGCCCCUCUGGUCGCCUGCUCUCCCACUCCGUUUGGCGCAUCUCCUGGCUCUGCGACCCUGCGCGAGCUGCACCUUUACUGGCCUCAACGUCUCAACUGCUGUUAUUCGGCCAGCGGGGUUCCAAGACAACGGAGCCAUGUUCUUUCUUCUGGUCCUUCUCACGGGACUUGGUGGUCUGCAGGCAGGCCCCCUAUCCAGAAGGUUCAUCUUUGGAGUUCUAUACUGUCAGCAUCGUGCAGAUGCUCAGCCUUAAUAUGGGACUUAGUUUUGACAACACUGACACCUGCUACUGUUCAGGAGAUGUUUGCACAAUGUCACCAGAAGCAAUGCACUUUCGGGGUGUAAAGGAUUUUAGCACCUGUAGCUUGGAUGAGUUUAAAUACUUCGCUUCAAAUUCUGGCUUUGAUUGUCUUCAUAACAUCCGUCCUGUUCCUCCAGUUUACAAACAAUCAAAGAGUGUGUGUGGCAAUGGGAAGCUGGAAACGGGUGAAGAAUGUGAUUGUGGCACACCACAUAAUUGCACACAUAAAACCUGCUGUGAGGCUACAUCAUGCAGAUUGAAACAUGAGAAACAGUGUGGUUCUGGGGAAUGCUGCACAAAAGAUUGCAAGUUAAAACCAGGUGGCACACUUUGCAGGAAAGCAAUUGAUUCAGAAUGUGACUUUACUGACUAUUGCAAUGGGUAUGCCCCACACUGUGUGCCUGACACUUUUGCACGCAAUGGACAAAGUUGUCAUUCAGGUGAAGCCCACUGUUUUGAAGGAAGAUGUCGGACAUUUGAUAAACAGUGUAAAACUUUAAUUGGAAGAGAUUCUAGAGGUGCCCCCUUUGAUUGUUUUGAAGAAAUAAAUUCAGAAGGAGAUAGAUUUGGAAACUGUGGCCCUCAUUAUUGUUCAUUUUCUGAUACACUGUGUGGAAAAUUAGUUUGUUCCUGGUCACAUAAAGUAUUAGUAUCACAUGCAAAUUUAUCUGUGAUUUACGCACAUGUACGAGACGAAAUUUGUGUGUCUACAUAUCUAGACACGGGCAAAAUACCUCUAAAUACGAAGUCGACAUAUAACACACCUGAAGACAGAGAUCAAACAUUUGUAGAAGAUGGCUCUACAUGUGGUCCUGAGAUGAUAUGUGUCAGAUUUCGUUGCCUAGAGAUUAAACACAUGUUCAGUGAAAAUUCAUGCAACAGUGCUACACAUUGUCAGAGCCAUGGAAUUUGCAACAAUUUUGAUCAUUGUCAUUGUGACAAAGGGUUUGCUCCUCCUAACUGCACAGAAUUGAAAGGAGAGUUUGGAAGUGUUGAUGAUGGGCACCAAGGCACUGGAAGAAGUUUAUUGGACCAGAGAUCUACCACUCCCCCAAAACGCCAAUAUCAACUCAUUUUCUACAUUUCUUUACCUGUGCUCAUCAUCGCUGCUGCUGUUUUAAUAAAGCAGGAUAAAAUAAGAGAGCUAUGCCACAGGGGUGAAACUGAAAGUGAGAGAUCUACGUCAGAAGAAAGCAGCAAUGACGAUUUGUCCCCCAGUGAGAGCAACAGUACCUAACAACCUUGGCCUGAAGAGAGUACGACACCAAAUAAAUAAUCAGAAAUUGGCUUACACCAAGAAGGAAAAAAAAACAUAAUUUAUUCCUCACCUGUGUUUUCACUACUGAAGGUUUAAAUUAUGAUAUAAUAAACCAUCUGCACCUGAAUCACCUGAA